AUGAGAAGAGAUUUUAGAACAGCUUAUUUAAAUGCAUUAGGAUUUAAAGGUGGAUCUCAAUUAAAAACAUCAUUAGAAGCAAUUUUUGAACAUAGAGUAAUAGAUUUAGGUAAAUUAAAGAAAAUUUGUAAUUUAUUUGAUAUACCAAAUCAAUAUAGAUCAAAGGUUUGGAGGAUAUUAUUAGGAGUAACAUCAUCAUAUCAAGAAUCAUGGGAUUUAGUAUUAGAACAACGUACGAUUGAAUAUGAGGAUAUUAAAGAUGCAGUUUUAAGUGUAAAAAGAAAUUUAACAGUACCAUUGAAUUCAUUUUAUUCAAGUUGGAAAGAAAACUCUCAAAGUACUGAUGAACAAGUUAUUAAAAAUGCAAUACAAUUAGCUUCAACUGGUUUAACAAUUAUAUACACUACAAAAGAACAAUACUUUAAUUAUCAAAAUUCAUUAUAUUAUAUUGCAACUGCUGCUAAUCUUAAUCAAGCAAAUAAUAAUAUACAAAAUAACCAAAAUAAUAAUCAAAACCAUAAUACUAAUACUAAUAAUAAUACUAAUAAUCAAAUUAGUAAUCAUAAUAAUAAUAAUAAUAGCAAUAAUCACUAUCAACAUAAUAAUACCCAUCACAAUAAUCAACAUAAUCAACAUAAUCAAAACUCAACAUCAUUUCAAAAGAAACCUCAAAUGGAUUUAUCAUUUUCUAUAUUUGAUCUUCAAAAAGCGAAUAGUAACGAUAAUAAGAAUAAUAAUAAUAAUAAUAAAAAUAAUAAUAAUAAUAAUAAUAAUAAUUUUAAUCAUAAUAGUGGUAUUAGUAAACAUGAUUUAGAUGAUUUAAUAAAAAGAUAUACAACCCAAAUGAAUGUAAAUAAUAAUAAUAAAUCAAAUUUACAAGAAUUUCAAGUUGAUGAAACAUUAAGAUCAAUGGCAGAGGUUUUUUGUUACGUUUGUGAAUCUGAAGUUGAUGCAUAUUGGUGUUUAAAUAAUUUUUUAAAUUUACCUUUAAAACAAUAUGGUCAUAAGGAUAUAGGACUUUGUCAUCAAAUUAAUAGUUUAACUAGAUUAUUAGAAAUUCAUGAUAGGGGAUUAAGUUUUCAUUUUAAACAUCAUAAAAUACAUGUUGACAUGUUUAGUACAGUUUGGUUUAAGAGCUUUUUUACAUGUUGUUUCCCAACAAAUUCAAUGGAUAGAAUAUGGGAUAGAAUUAUUGGUGUUUCUUUGGAUUACAUGGCUUAUAUUUCUUUAGCGAUACUUCAAUCAAAAAAACCUUUAAUUUUGGAUAAAACAAAUAAAACCGACAUUUUAAAUUAUUUAUUGAAUAAAGAUUUGAAUGUAGAUAUGAUUUUAGAAAAGUCUGUAGAGUUAUUUGGUGUUAGUGUUAAUGAAGAAACUGAUCCCGAUGAAUAG